AUGGCGGGCGUGGCUGCGAUAGGGCAGCAGGAUGCCUUCCUCAGAAGUACUUCUGAUGAAGCAUUGGAACGUGAGUAUGCAGAUACAUACAUCGACUCUGAGACCAAGAAUGCCUUGCCCAGUAAUGCCAUCAUACCAGUUCCCACUCCUGUUCGCCAGUCCCAGCCAACCAGAGCUCCAGGCCUUGCAGGCUUGAUUCCUCGCAGGCUCGACUUGUCGCCUGCAAACCGACCGGGGAGGGAACCGCUCCAGCUUGAAAGUAGUGAUGGGGAAAGUCCACAUGAAGAUGAUGAUGAUGUAGAGUCUGAUGCAGCUUAUUACGGUGGCCCCCCCCAAAAGAUUACUGUGGAGAUCCCGUCUAUCACAGACACCGCGGCCAAGAAACCACGUGCUGGUGAGUUGAAGUUGGGUCCCAACGCUAUCAAGUCAAGAAUGUGCCGUGUCUUCACACCUACUUUGAAAGGAACGUUGAAAGUAUCGCAACAGAUCAUGGAUGAGUGGAAUUCCGGCCCCAAGACCAAAAAACGUCAGCAGCUGGAACAAAUCUUUGAAACGUUCAUUCAGGAAGUGGAGGUGAUUCGGUCUGAGAUGGAAGAAUCUGAAGUGACGAUUGAAGGGGAGUACAUCUCCAGGGAAGAUAUGUUGAAUGAUUGGGGGUGGUCUGAGAAGCGAGUGUCUGCAGUGAUUCGCUUCUGCCGGACCAAUCCCGCCAAGUACAUGAGGCGUGACCAAUACGAGAAGAAGACCCUGUAUUGGGCCGAAAAAACCGUGAAAGGCACAAUCAAGAAGAAGAGCUGCGUGGCCAUGAACCGCAGAAUGUCCUGGUUGGAACGGGGCGCCAGUGGGUCGAUGGCGCCGGCUGAGACAUGCUUGUCCAAGAGGAUCACCAAGCUUCAGCAAGGCUUGGAAAGGUACACCGAAUCAGAUGCCCUAUCCGAGCUCCAAAAAAGGAUGAAAACGAAGAUUGAAGAAACGAUUUCAGCGCUGGAGAAGAUACAUGGUGAUAUCGAAACUUGCUUUACCAAUGGCGUGGUGGAUGGUCUGAACAGGGCCACUGGUUCCGUCUUUGAUAUCUUUUCAAUGUGCGUCCUACUGCCCAGGGCCAUGGAAGCCGUAAACUUGGAAGGUCGAAUGAGGUCGCUGUACCCCAAGAAGGAAGCUGAGCAGCGCCCCCGUCCCAAGAGGAGCUAUCGGAUGAUGAGGAACCACCUCGCAGUCCCAGCAACUGCUAUCGAUGGCAUGGCCCGGCGGGCUGCCAUGGAAGCUCAGGGCGGCCUUAGAGAUUCACCGGCUGAAGUUCCCAGUUCUGGGAAAAAUGCAUCAAGAGCAGUCCAUCGCAUGAUACACCGCCUGGGUUUCAACUGGAGGAUUCCUGUUUCGGAGAUGGUUUACACGUUUGGGACACAAGAGCUGCGCCUUCCCUACCUGUCGCCUUUGAAGAGCUACAAAUUUUUGAUUUCCAACUACCCUGAGCUUGUCUUUGGAGGGUUUAGCCAGGACAAAGACAUUCAAAGACUACUCAAAAGCUUCUGGGCAGAAUACAGAAAUGUGCAUCCUGGCCAUGUGGUUUUUCAAGAUCAACCUGAUGGCAAUGAUGCCUUAUCACUUACAGUUCCGUUGAUCUUUUAUGGAGAUGAAGGCAGGGGCCGACGUCGAGGAAAUACUGCACUGAUGACAUUAGAGACAAUUUUCGGGCUGUCCACUGCUGAAAAUGUGAGGAAGGGGAAUCAUUGCUUCAAGUGCGCUUGUUGUCCUGACGACCGCUUGCUGCAGCGCUAUCCAUGUGGGGAAGAUCAUCCAGCAAACCCGCAUUAUGCAGCGCAUGCCAGCCACAACUUCAAGGAGCAUGUUUUCCUAAGCAGAGUUCCAAUGUUUUUGCUGCCGUGUGCCCUUUACAAAGAGCAUCCAGACCUCCUUUGCUUCAUGGUUCGAAAAAUUACAAUGGAGCUACGCAGCCUCUACUAUGAAGGGCUUACCAUCCGUGGCAAGACCUGGACUAUAGCCCUUCUAGGGAUGAAAGGGGAUGCCAAGUGGCUAGCAGAAAUGGGGUCUCUAACCCGCUUCUAUGGCAAGAAGGGUCGCAAGCGAAGUUUAGCCAUGUGCCACGAGUGUUAUGCGGGUUUAGAGCGGUAUCCUUAUGAGGAUGUUAGCUCAAUUCCGCGCUGGACUGAAACCCUUUACAGAAGCAGACCUUGGCAUCAGGAUUUUCAACCUUGUUUCAUUCAGCUUCCUUUUGAUCGCCUACAGCCUGAGCGGUUUCUACGGCGUGAUUUGAUGCACAUCACAAAGUUGGGGCUUUAUCGUCACCACAUCGGUUCUACUAUUGCGACUCUGGUCAAGUGGAACUUUUUUAGAUGGCCUGACCGAGGGAUCAAGAACGAUAUCCCUACUCAGCUUGAGCGUGCCUACGGACAGUUUCGACUGUGGUGCACGACGUUCCAAAAAACAGCGGCCCUGCGAAGUUUCAGCCGGGCACUUCUAAAUUGGAAGUCUGCAAGCACUUACCCAUGGGCAAACGUGAAAGCUUCUGAUGCGGUGCUUCUCAACCAGUGGAUUCAAGAGGCCUUGCUACCAGCAGCUAUCCGUGAAUCUACAGAUCCAAAACAACAAAGCAUGCUGUUGGUCAUGAAAGGGAUUAGUGAGUCCAUGUCACGAUUUUCCCAGCUACUGUUUCAUCACCAACUCUUGGCGCAUCGCCGAUGUUGUGUUGCUAUGUUGGGGGAAGGAAAGCAAAUCCUCAAUGGCUACGCUUGGCUGGCUCAUGAGAUCAAUCCUCUUUGUGGGUGGGCAAUGGAUCGGGCACUGCUGCUGGCGAACUGGUAG